AUGGCUUCAACAACGGAAUUCCCUCGCAUUAAGGAGGUUCGCACCUUCAUCAUCGACGGUGUUGGCUCCGGUGGCGACUACCACAAUGUCAAGGGAGGUCACUGGCUGGUCGACAGCAACAUCUCCACCCCCAUGACCAAGUGGGCACAGUUCCGCGGCUCGCGUACCUCAUGGGGUAUCAACGUGCUGGGUUCAUUUUGCGUGGAGAUUGAGGCCACUGAUGGCACUAAGGGAUUUGCAACUGGUUUCGGUGGCCCUCCUGCCUGUUGGCUGACCCAGCAGCACUUCAACCGUUUCUUGAUUGGCGCCGACCCCCGUGACACCAACGAUCUCUUUGAGAAGAUGUACCGUGCCUCCAUGUUUUACGGCCGCAAGGGUCUGCCCGUUGCCGUGAUCUCAGUCAUCGACUUGGCCUUAUGGGAUCUUCAGGGUAAGAUCCGCAAGGAGCCUGUUUACAAGAUGAUCGGUGGUGCCACUCGCUCAAGACUGGACUUCUACUGCACCGGACCCCAGCCGGGCUCAGCCAAGGCUGCCGGCUUUAUCGGCGCAAAAGUUGCUCUCCCUCACGGCCCUGACGAAGGCACUGCUGGUCUGCUCAAAAACGUCGAAUACCUGAAGAAGCAGCGCGAAGCUGUCGGCCCUGACUUCCCUCUGCGCGUCGAUUGCUAUAUGUCUCUGAAUGUCCCCUACACAAUUCAAUUGGUCAAGCGCUGUGAGGCUAUUGGCCUUGACAUCGACUGGUGGGAAGAGUGCCUUUCCCCCGAUGACUUCGACGGCCACGCUCUUCUCAAGCAGGCUCACCCCACUGUCAAGUUCACCACCGGUGAGCACGAGUACUCCCGUUACGGCUUCCGCAAGCUGGUUGAAGGUCGCAACCUCGACAUCCUCCAGCCCGAUGUCAUGUGGGUUGGUGGUAUGACCGAGCUGCUCAAGGUCUCCGCCAUGGCUGCCGCUUACGACCUUCCCGUUGUGCCUCACGCCUCCGGUCCUUACUCUUACCAUUUCGUUGUCUCUCAAUCCAACAGUCCUUUCCAGGAGUACCUCGCCAACUCUGCCGAUGGCCACACCGUCGAGCCUGUCUUCGGUAACCUCUUCUUGAACGAGCCCAUUCCCACCAAGGGUUAUCUCGAUGUCUCCAUUCUGAACAAGCCUGGCUUCGGUCUGGAGCUUAACCCUGCUGCUCCCUUGAUUCCUGCGGCUGCUAUCCUUACUCCUGCUCCUCAGCAUUCCUUACGCGCUCCUGACAACGAGCAGGCCGCCAACGGCUCUGUUUAA